UUGUGAGGCUUGGAAUCAAAAGCCUCAGAGAGAAAAAUAGGGAGAGAGACAGAGACAGAGAGACAGACAAAAAAGAGAGACUGAAACAAAGACUCAGACAGAAGCUGAGAGAGAUAGGGAGAACAUCUUGAGGCACAGUAAAAAAAAAACAACAACAACAAAAAAACAAAAAUAAGAGACAGACUGAGAGAGGGACUCAAGGCUGAAACAGAGUCAGAGACAGACUCAGGCUGAGACCUAAACAAACUCUAUUAGUGCCUUUCAAUAGGUUCCUGUUGCUGUAUGGCUGCUGUGAUGGUGUCCAGUGUGAUGGUGGUGUUGGUGGUGCUGGUGGCAUCCCAGAUGUGGCCAGGGGAGGCUUGUCUGACUCCAGAGGAGGCCUACAGGUACACAGGAGCUGUCUGCAGGCUCACCUACCCCGCCGCACUCGUCUUGAAUGAGAAAACUACCCGCGUGAUCGAGGCCGCCUUCCAGCAUGCCAAGUACCCCAGCAUAGAUGGGGAGAAGAGCAUGAUGAUGUUCGGGAAAGUCACCUAUGGACUACACAAUCUGGAGAUCCACAACCUGUCCAUCGGUAACAGUGAGGUUGAGUACCGCGCAGGGGAAGGAGUCGGCCUCGUCAUCUCCAACGUGUCUGCCCUGUUCAAGGGAACCAUCAAAUACGGCUAUGGCAACUUCCUUGUGAAGGUCUCACAGAGUGUUGACUUUGAGAUUGACAGUCAGAUUGACCUUGGCAUCAACCCAAAGCUGUACUGCGGUGCUGGGAAGGUGGCAGCAGACACGUCCGACUGCUACCUGACGUUCCACAAGCUGAAGCUGAUUCUGCAGGGCGAUAGAGAGCCCGGUUGGCUGAAACGCAUCUUCACAGAAUUUGUCACCUUCACAGUGAAAGUGGUCAUUAAAAGCCAGAUAUGCCAAGAGAUCAACAAUGUGGCAAACAUCUUGGCAGACUUCAUCCAGGACCAAGCAGGGCAGUUUCUAGGUGACGGGAACAUCGGGGUGGAUAUUGGCGUGACCUCUGCACCUGUCAUCACUUCUAACUACAUCGAGUCGUAUCACAAGGGCCUGGCGCUGUACAACGGCACGAAGGCGGUCAUCAACGCCUCAGUGUUCCAUCCCUCCCAGAUGACGGAGGACCGCAUGCUCUCAUUCUGGAUCUCCGAUGACUUCAUGAACCCACUCAUAGCCGCCGCCCACAAAGAUGGCCGCUUCGUCAUGAGCCUCGCUGGAGCCAACCUUACGGAUCUUUUCAAGGCAGACUUAUCAACAGAAAUGCCUGCCUCCAUCAAACAGCUCCUGUCCUCGGAGGCUGCGGUGCUGACUGCCAGGAGUGUCAGCGAGCCCCUGCUGUGGAACACUCCAGAAGGAUCCCACGUGAAGGCCGUGGCUGCCGUAGAGCUGUCCCCCGGCCCCAUCGGCUCCGACACCCCAACACUACACUUCCAGACGGAGGUGGAGGUGCUCGUACAUGCAUCAUAUGCUGAGAAGAAACUCAUCCUGAAGGCCAAGGCAUUAAACAUUUCUAUAGAUACAGUGCUCCAGAACCAGAAUGCUGCAAUGGAGGAAACCAUGGUCAGUUACCUACAAGAGGCGGUGGAAAAGAUAGGGAUUCCUAAAGUCACAUCACACCUGGAGCCCAGUUUGACAGCUUUGAUGGACAUGCAGGGUCUCUAUUUGUUUGACAUCAUUAACCCUGAGGUGCUGACACAAAAUGGCUAUGUUGUUAUUCAGAUGGGAUUUGGCUUUCCUCAUCAUCUUCUGGUCGAGUUUCUGAAGAAAACGCUUGUGUAACCCAAGGGCAACCUCAGUGCAACUUCGGUGUGACUUCAGUGUUAACACAGUGCCAUGUCCGUGUUAACUGUUCAAUGGAGACCUUUUGAGGAAGCUGUGCAUUGUGUCGUGUUAAUGACACACUAAAUUAGUAAAAUUUUGUACUUGUUUGUACUUGUUUUUCUUCAAAUAAUUUUUGCUUAUUGUCGUAUUUUGUCAUAUUUUUGGUUUCGUCGUACACAGACGCACACACAUACAGCACACACCCCCACACCCACACACAUGCGCACACACACACACAGGAGGAUAUCAAUGGGUGAGGACAACAAAGCAUUUGUACCACCUAAUGUAUUUCCCUUGAAUAAGUUAUUAUUAUUAAAGAUGUACAGUAUUCAUACA